CUCUGGGCCCUGUGUGCUGUGACUCCCCAUGGCUGCCCCUCUCACCAGGAUCGACAGCCUUUCUUUAGUAAGCUGAGGUCUUAGGGCAGGAGAGGGGAUCAAGUGCUGCCCCCUCUGAGAGCAUCCUUUGCUUCAUGGCAAGCCACCUGGUAGAUUCCCUGUGUUUUCUUGGCCUGCUAGCUCCUUCCCCAUGUUCCUGAAGCCCCCCAGACCUUUAAUUCCUGGUUUCUGAGAUAACCAGUCAGUAGUCAGUCAUAUGUUGGUUCAUGACGAUUCUUUGUGUGUCUUCCUUCCAGACUCUGUAGACAAUGGGAAGCAAAGGAGGGUUCACCCUGCUCGGGCUCCUGAUCAUCCUUUCUGUCCUCUAUGAUUCAGGUCAUAGUCUGGAGUGCUACACCUGCCUGAACCCAGGUGGUGCGUGCACUCUCACCACCAACUGUACAGUUAAUUUUGAUGCAUGUCUCUACGUCAAAGCCGAGACACGAACAUACUACCAGUGCUGGAAGUUUGAGAACUGCAACUACGAAUACCUCUCAAAAAACUUAGGAGAGAAUACUCUACAGUACGAAUGCUGCCAGAAGGACCUGUGUAACAGAAGCGGUGGGACGAGCAUAACGGGCACCAUGGCUCUGCUGGUGGCUCCGCUGCUCACAGCAUUCUGGAGACUUCUUAUCUAAAUCAAUACCAGGAGAGUGUCUCCAAACUCCCUGCUUCUGUGUAUUCCUUAUCUCCUUUGCUGCCACAAAAGCUUUCUAUUUUCUUACUGGAUCCUUUGGGGAGAGACCAAAACUAGCUUGAGCAACUUGGAUAAGAGAGAGGGAGAGGCCUGGAAAACCAGUCCUGUGUG